CUGCACCAAGUCAUCCUCCUCUGUCAGCAAGCAUUUUGCGCGGCCCAACACACUGUCUACCACUACCAUGGCGGCGACGUUUCACCCAUUUCUGUGCCUCGCCGGCAAGCCCCGCGCUCGCAUCUGGGAGCUAAACCGUAGAGCCUCGCAUCGUCGAGGUGCGUGUUCUCUAUCAUCGACCAAGCUCUACCAAUGUCGAGGGGAUCGAGCCAAGUCUCAUAUGGCCACCGCAGGAGCGCUACUUGUGCUCGCCUACCCCCAGCCCCAGCCCAGCUGCAUACUUGUCGCGAGGGCCAUGGACAUCCCAAUACAUGCCCCGAUGCUGUAUAUCGAUUGGAGAAGGCCUUUUCCGAGCUCACUACGACACUUCAUCCCGGGCCCGACCCUGCGUCCGAGGGUGGCUCGCGGCAGGAGCGCUAUGUCUGAUUCAACUUCGAUGAUGAUAUCUUCUCCAUUGGGAAGAUGAAUUUGCACGAAUUCUAGACUAUUGCGUACCAGGUUCGCCGGCUGCGGCUCCCGCGGGUGGACCGCUGAAGUACUCUUUCCCGUACAGAGGCGUCAUCAAUUAGGAGGCGGUUUUGGAAUAUUAUCGUACUUUACUUAAUCUGUCCAGAAGCCUGUUUAACAACUGAGAAUAUCGAUUUUCGUUGUGGUCUUGAGAGUGUAUAUUUUGUUGCGACAGAAGAGAUGGGCGAGAUGAUGAUGAGCAGUGUCAACCUAGAUGCUAUGGUGAAGAGAGAGUACGAGGAGUUU